GAAAGUGGUCGUCCAAGGGGAGAGCAACAUGUUCAUCGAGGAGGUGAUCAUCGAUGGCUUCAAGUCGUACGCCACGCGCACGGUCGUGAGUGGCUUUGACCCGCGGUUCAAUGCGAUCACGGGGCUCAAUGGAAGUGGCAAGAGUAACAUCCUGGACGCGAUCUGUUUCGUCCUGGGGAUCACGAACUUGUCGGCUGUGCGGGCGAGUAACCUGCAAGAACUUGUGUACAAACAAGGGCAGGCAGGGGUGACGAAAGCAAGCGUGACGAUCUUGUUCAACAACGAAGACAGCUCCAAGAGCCCCGUCGGGUACGAGCAAUACAAGCAGAUCUCGGUGGCGCGGCAAGUGGUGAUCGGCGGCAAGAACAAGUACCUGAUCAAUGGCCACACCGCCCAAGUGAACCAGGUCCAAAACCUGUUCCACUCAGUGCAGCUGAACGUGAACAACCCCCAUUUCUUGAUCAUGCAAGGUCGGAUCACCAAGGUUCUGAACAUGAAGCCGCCUGAAAUCCUUGGUAUGAUCGAAGAAGCGGCGGGCACGCGCAUGUACGAGAACAAGAAGCAGUCUGCGCUCAAAACGAUGGGGAAGAAGGAGAAGAAGGUGGACGAGAUCAACAAGAUCCUGGCCGAAGAAAUCACGCCGACGCUCGAGAAGCUCCGCAAGGAAAAGAUGAACUACAUGCAGUGGGCGGCCAACAACACAGAGAUGGAGCGCCUGGCUCGGUUUUGCAUUGCGUACGAGUUCACCAAGGCCGAGCAAGUGUCUGCCAAGUCGUCCACGGAGCUCAAGGACAUCCAGGACAAGCUCGAGACGCUGUCCCAAAUGCGUUUACACCACGAAGCGCUGAUGGAGUCGACGCAGGACAAGUUGGACGCAAUCAACUUGAACCGCAACAAGCACAUGCGCGGCGAGUUCCAAGGCCUCAAGGACAAGGAAGAAAGCCUCGGGAAGGAGCUUGUGAAGGUGCGCACGAAGCACACGAACGCCCAGUCCAGCCUCACGGCCACGGAAACCAACGUCCAGGCACUGCGAGAUCAACGCCGCGACGUCGAAGCCGCCAUCGACGCCAUGGCAGCGUCCCUUGCGACCAAACAAGCCGACUUUGACCGCAUUCAAGCCGCGCAUACGGACAAGUCGGACGCGCUCGCUGCGAUUGUCGACGAAAUCCAAUCGCUGAACGCUGGUGUGAGCAGCCACGUGAGCAAGAAAUCGCUCGGCGAGCAGCUAGCCGCGAGCCAAAAGGAGCUGCAGGAACAAACGUCGCUUUUGCAUCAGCUGACCAUGAAGAUCAAGCACAUGGAGACGAACUUGAAGACCAAGCAAGCCGCGCUGGCCACGACCAAGUCGCAAAAUGCCGCGUUGGAAGCCAAACAUGCAGCGUUGUCGGCGCAGAUCCAACACCUCCAAGACGACCUGUCGCGGUUGGGGUUCACAGAAGACAACCCCGUAAAGCGGCAGCGCCACGACCUCCAGCACACGCUGCAGAGUCUUCGUCGAGACUUGGACGAGGCGACGGCGAGUGUGUCAUCCAAACUCCGCUUCGAGUACCACAAUCCCCGUAUCGACCCCAGCAGCGUCAAGGGCAUGGUGGCCAAGCUGCUUACGUUAAAGCACGACUGGAGUGCCACGGCCCUUGAGCUGGCGGCGGGCGGCAAGCUGUACCACGUUGUUGUGGACACGGAUCAGACGGGCAAGCAGCUGCUGCAGCACGGCAAUCUCAAGACCCGCGUGACCAUCAUUCCGCUCAACCGCAUCACGCGAAAGGUGCUGCCGCCACAAAAGGUGGCCGCGGCCAAGGCGGUGGCACGUACCGAAGGCGGACAAGUGUGGGAAGCGCUCGAGCUCGUCGAGUGCGACCGCGACGUCCAGCCUGCGAUGGAGUACGCGUUUGGCACGACGCUGAUCUGCGACAAGAGCGACGUGGCUAAGCAAGUCACAUUCCACAGAGACGUGCAGACGCGGACCGUGACCCUUGAGGGCGACUCGUUUGACCCCGCCGGGACGCUCCAGGGGGGGUCCGCCCCCGCCAACAAUGCGUCGAUCCUGAAAAAAGUUCAAGUGCUCGUUGACCUCACGCGGAAAAUCCGGUCCACGGAACACGAACUGGACGAGUUGGACGCGCAAUAUCAAGCGUUGGAAAAGGACGCGCAAGUGUACCACAAGCUGCAUCAGCAGUUGGAUUUGAAACACCACGAGCGUGAGCUGCUUGAGAGCCAAAUGCAAGGGACGUCGUACGGCAUGAUCCAGCAGGAAAUCAAUCGCAUUCAGGACGACUUGGUCACGUCCAAGCUGGGUGUGGACACGGCGGAGGCGGCGAUCGCCCGGCUGCGCAAUCAAGUGGACACGCUGCAGCAAGACAUUGACUCGCUCAAGCACUCCCGGUCCAGUCGCCUCGCGCAGUUGGAAGUGCGCCAAAAACAAGCCAAGAUCGACGUGUCGGCAGCGUCGAACGUGCUCAAGCAGCACGACCAAGAGCUGUCGGAGAUCAAACUCGAGCUCGAGUCGGUGCAAAGCGAGCGUGAGACCGCGCUCGAGUCGUUGAAAGCGGCCGAAGACGAUCGCGUGCGGCUCUUGGCCGACGUCGACAAGUGCGCCGACCACUUGGAGCGUGUGGAGCGAGACGCUCGUGCCGUGGGCGACCAGCUCAAAGCCAAACGGGAUGCGUUGAACGCAUGCGAUAAUGAACUCAAGACGCUGCAGGGCGAGCUCAAUGGCCACGAGACCGCCAUGAACGACUGCGACAUUGAGAUCAAGAAGAUCGAGCACCGCAUCCAGCGCAUCCAAAAGGAAACCACGACGUCGCACACGGCCGUCAACCAUUUGCUGGACACACACAGCUGGAUCGCGACGGAGCGGCAGUACUUUGGCAAGGAGCACACAGACUAUGACUUUCGGCAAAAGGAUUACCCCACCGCGCAAAAGCGGCUGGCGGGGCUCAAAGACACGCAGGGUGCGUUGUCUAAGAAGAUCAACAAGAAAGUGAUGGGCAUGAUCGAAAAGGCCGAGCACGAGUACCAGAGCUUGAUGACCAAGCGCGGGAUCAUCGAGAACGACAAGACCAAGAUCACGGCCGUGAUUCAAGAGCUCGACGCCAAGAAGAACGAGGCGCUGGAAACCACAUGGGUCAAGGUGAACACAGACUUUGGCGCGAUCUUUAGCACGCUACUGCCGGGUACGACGGCCAAGUUGGACCCGCCCGAGCAUGGUACGGUGCUGGACGGGCUCGUGGUCAAGGUCGCGUUUGGCCAGGUGUGGAAGGAGAGUCUGACCGAACUGAGCGGCGGACAGCGCUCGCUGUUGGCGCUGUCGCUGAUCCUGUCACUGUUGCUGUUCAAGCCCGCGCCCAUGUACAUUCUGGACGAGGUGGACGCAGCGCUGGACUUGUCGCACACGCAAAACAUCGGCCAGAUGAUCCGCACGCACUUUUCGCACUCGCAAUUCAUCGUCGUGUCGCUCAAGGAGGGUAUGUUCAACAACGCGAACGUUGUGUUCCGCACCAAGUUUGUCGACGGCGUCUCGGCCGUGUCGAGGAGUACACCCCAUGCAUCGCAUCGAUAAGCACAACAAAUAUAUGUUUGUCUCUCAAAAA